CGAACGAACAAAGACGAAAAUUACCCCGGUUUAAUGUAGUGAGGUUAUUUUUGGCGCCCUACGACCGGAUUGGUGUUGUGACCGAAAGGUGGUCAAGGAUAUGAAUAGUCAGGCAGUGACGGGAACAGUUUGCAAAGACGUUUUGUCGUAGGUUAGAACGAAAAUGUUCAUGAAGCCGACGGACGUUUUCUUCUCGUGGUCGGUCAGACGAACGGGAUGGGCAUUCCAAGAACUUUAAUAAACGAAAGCUUCGACGAUUAUUGUACGACGGCAACCGCGGGUGAACUCGGACGAGUCGGACCUGCGUACUAAAUUCUUAGCAGAUUUUUUUUAAACUACCAUAAGAGUAAUAACACCAAUAGUAGCGUGCUUUGUAGUACCAAAAAAAAAACUAUUCCGCUCAGAGAUCAGUUAAAAUGUGGAACUGUUUGGAACGGAAGCUUUUUUUGGACACAAUGUCGGAGUGGGUUUUUGUUCCUGUUUGUGUGGUUUUUGAUGUGUUUGGUUCGUGCGUUCCCUAGUGUCCAUUUGUUAAUUGUUUGGUUUGUGUUACACAGUUUUGGAAUGCAACAAAGUGUUUAGAGUAGAAAUUGUUGGUGAACAUUGCGGCUAAUAUUUCUUCGAACUAUUUAAACACUAGGUUUGAAUAUUUCAUCCAGUGUUCUUGGAUCAUUUUACAAUUGUAUCAAAAUAAACGGAUAGACUGACCCUGAGGGAGUCAUCCCCUCGAUGGGUACGCUGGAAGUGGGUAGAGGCGCAUGAGCGGUCCCGGCGCCAGUGGCGGCGCGGCUCUGCGUGCGGCGGCGGCAGCCGGGGACGCGUUACAGGUAGGACGGCUGCUGGGGUCAGCCAGGUGCGUUCGUUUCUCCCACGACGAGCAGGGUCGGUCGGCGCUACAUUUGGCAGCUAGCGCGGGACACACCGCCGUCGUAAGAUUGCUCCUGAACGUCGCUGCUCCCAAGGAGGUCGACUCCCCGGACGGCGCCGGCUGUACGCCGCUGCAAAGAGCCGCCGCCGAUGGACAUGAAGAGGUUGUCAGACUUCUGUUGUCUAGGGGCGCAGACAUUGACAAACAAGAUGCAAUUCAUGGAAACUGCCCACUGCACGAGGCGGCGUGGAAAGGCUACAGCAAAACGGUAGCACUGUUGGCCUCUGCAGGAGCAGAUUUGUCCAGGACUAAUGCCGGAGGAUUUACGGCUUUACAUCUUUGUUGCCAAAAUGGACACAAUCAAUCCUGCAGAGAAUUACUUCUUGCAAAUUGCAACCCCGAUCUACAAAACAAUUACGGCGAUACGGCUUUACACACGGCGGCCAGAUACGGACAUGCGGGUGUAACAAGGAUAUUAAUAUCAGCCAAGUGUCGUGUAUCCGAGCAAAAUAAAAAUGGUGAUACAGCCCUUCAUAUUGCGGCAGCCAUGGGGAGGCGGAAGCUUACCCGGAUAUUGCUCGAAGCCAACUGCGACAAAAACAUCAGGAAUAAACAAAACGAAACUGCAAGAGAUAUCGCGCUCAGAAAGGAUCUCAAUGAAAUUUUGAAUAUUCUGGACGAAUAUGUUCCCAAAAGUAAGGAUAAGAAAAAGGACAAGGGGAAGAAGAAGUCUAAAACGAAAGUGACAUUUGACGGGAAGAAAACAGAUAUUACUGAAGGUCUGAUUCGUACAAAGCAUUGGUCACCCUACGGCUGUCAUUACUACCCCGACCCGGAAGCGUUUCCCCCGCCCCGCUUAGACACACUUCCGGACGAGCCCCUGAAAAGAGGCGAACAAUAUUACCUUGAUCUCGCCGGAAAUAUUCGAAAGGGUCCCGUUGGGGUGGGAUACACAUGCUAUUGUGCUCCCCUAUUCCGGCAUCUUGAAGCGCGUCUGGAGAAAGACAAACGGGAAUUACAACGAGCCCAGGUGCGUCUGGGCCAAAGAGUUGCCGGACUUGAACAGAAACUAAACAGAAGCAACCACGGCAGGAGAUCAGAAAGGAUAACAACGUCGAACAAGGAGAGAGAAACGACCGAAUUACAUAGAUCUAGAAGCUUGGAAAUGUUGGACAAGCUGGAUGAAGGAAACCAAUUGCAAACGACAAGGAGUAUGGACGAAUUGGAUUCACCAAAUCAAGAGAACAAUCCGGACAACCGGCCUUCAGUAAAAGAACUUGUCGCGCGAAUUCAACAGCACCAUUCCGAGUCAAAGGAUAAUCAAGAUGGAGAUAAUAGUGAGAGUUCAGAUGACGAAGACUCUCCCUUGCGUUUAAAUACAUGUAGAGGACCGAUGGGAGACUCAAAUUUGGUAUCGUUAAAUCCUAAUUAUGAAAACGUCCCGAAUGGACCUCCACGGAGUCGUGUGGGAAUGUACAGUCCAACUGCCCAAUACGUGGAACCAUCAGUUACAGUAGUUCAACCGAGUGCCCAAAACUCAAACAAAACUCGUACGUAUGUGUCUAGUGCCAUUUUACCAAACAUGGGAACAUUUCAAAAUAAAGACGUCAUGGCGCAUUUACGUGACCAGCCGGCAUCAGCAUGCAUCCAAAGCGUUCCAAAUUUGAGUGGAGGUCAGGGUAGCUCCAGGUAUGGAAGUCCCUACGAACCGCAAGAGCCCAGUUGUUCCAAUGUAACAAGGUAUGGUAAUUCCAACAUCCAUUAUGGUAGUUCAAAUGAAGUAUGUGCUGGAACUUAUUAUGGGAAUGAGGCGAGUGUAGCAACAACUUAUAGUAGAACGCGUGGUGGUUACAAUUCUCCUCAGUUUUUUGAACAGAACGUUUAUUAUGCCGACUCCAAUCCUAAGUAUAACGACCUUCAAGCAAAAUUUGCUCGAUUGAGGUUAUUAGACAGUUCGAAAUUGUAUGAGAAAGGUAAAGGUGACAGUUCUCCUAGUUUCAUAGAUUCGUCGAAAAUAUUCGAAAGUACAACAAGGAUGUUGGAAAACCCACAGGAUGUCAUUGACAGGGACACUAACAACGACUCCGGUUAUUCAACAAAAGUUUAUGGAAGUUCAAAAGGGAACUCGCCAUGUCUUAGCGGCCAGAAUGAAAACGAUUGUUUAGGAUCGUCUAGUCUUGUUUAAAUUGUCUUAGGGUCAAAUCAGCCAUUAAGUAUUUCGUACUUAAAUUUAAUAUAUCUUAGAAAAUGAACUAUUUUGCUUUAUAACGUACGUUAUUUAUUUUUUAUGGAGUUGAAAACGGAAGAUUAAAAAAAGAAUACUUGACGUAAAAACUCGGUGAUGUACAAAGCAAGAAGAACUAACAUUCCUUUCUUAAUGUUUUUCGAUUAUUUUAGAAUUUAGCAACAAAUCUUGUUAUUAUAUAAACGAUAACGUCCCGUGGAGUGCUACUAGCCCUUAUAUUUUUUGUUAAUAAAAUAAAAGUUGCACAGGAUAAUUCUUAGUGAUUUUUUUUAAAAGAUGCCUCACUCCCUACAAUUUAGCAAAGGUACAAAGACGUAAGAAAGACAAGAAGGAUGUUAGAACAAAGAAACUAAGUAGACAAUAAAAACUAUUAUUGUAUCAAUAUGGCUUAUUAGUCAAAAGCUUUAAUAAAAUUUUUGAUGUGUUGUAAAUAAUAGAUUUAAUAAUUUCUUAAGGUGCUUAACUGAUACGUACUUAUUGAAAAGUUCUUUUAAUAAUUAAUAACUCUUGUUGAGCCCUUGAUAAUUUUAUGAAUUGCAGUAAUAUGAGUGAGUUUUAUUUCUAAAUCACGCGGUAGGACGAAAAAGAGAUUCACAAGACCGAAGUACAACUUGUAAAAUUUAUGAACCAACAUUAACACGACUGAAAAUGUAUUUUUCAAUUUAAGGAUUCUAGAAAUAACAUUCACUGCAUUACCUACUGAGUACUUUUAAAUAUUUGUUAUUUUUUUACAAAUACAAAAUAAGUUAAGAUCCUUGUUAACAUACUGUAUCUACUUAUUUGUAUGUACGUCUGCCCACAAUAAAAUUUUAUUUUAU